AUCACAAACAACUGAGCUUAUAGACACAAAAAGAGAACAACAACAACAAAAAAAAAAGAAGAAAUCUUUAGAUCCGAGUGUUGCAGGUUUUUUGGCCGGAAAAAAUGGCUUCCACACUGCUUUCUCAUUCAGGGCUUACACUCAAAGGAUCACCCAAGCUUCAUCCAUUGCCGGCCAUGGCUGCUCCCAGGUUGCUUAUGGUGCCAAAGAUGAAGAAGGGAGGGAUUAAGUGCAAGGUUGAAGAGAGGCCAGAAUGUAAGAGCUCAGGAGAAAGCACGGUCUCGGUGACCAUGGCGGCGGUGGUGGCAGCUGUGGUGGCAGCAGCGGGUCCCGCGGCGGCGCUGGUGGAUGAGAGGUUGAGCACAGAAGGGACAGGGCUGCCCUUUGGCUUAAGCAACAACCUUCUAGCGUGGAUUCUUGCAGGGGUGUUUGCUUUGAUUUGGGCUCUUUAUUUUGUCUAUGCUUCAUCCUUGGAUGAGGAUGAAGAUUCUGGUUUGUCACUCUGAAAUCAAUUACAACCUUAAUUUCUUAAUCAAAAUUUGACUUAUGAUUUCAAUUUGUUUAAACAAAAGUGAUCAUUUGAAAUUUAAGGAGGCAGCUGAAUACAAUUUAUGAUCAAUACAACAUUAUUUUCCCGUU